GUUGCCUCUCUCGUCUGUCCUCAUCACCAACGCAAUGACUAACGAUACCCAGUCAGCACCGCAUACCAUAUCUGUGUCGCUAGAAGGAGCAAAGAGCGCAGCGCUCAGCUUCGACGGUACCCUCUUCUGGCUCACUCGAUCCAAUGUCACCGACAGCAAGGAUACACGAGACCCAUCAAAAGCCUUCACAUGCAUCCCACUCGACCUUAUCCUCGACUGCAGCUUCGUAGAAGACUCCGACGGCGGUUCUCUGUACGUUCGUCUACUCGCCCCUCCCUCGCAACAAGCUUCGCCCCUUUUCCCCUUCGCAAAGGUCAAGUCACGAGCAAGCGCAGUAGUCGAUACCGAGCACACUCUGCCCAAAGUCGCCGAUCGCUCUUCUCUGUCAGCCAAAGAGCGCUCAGAACGUCUGCUUGCCCAUCUUGAAGGCGCGUGUCAGAAGUUGCGUCUCCUCAAGAUCGAGGCCAGGGUCGCCUCAGGGGAGAAGGCACGAGACUGGGUAGCCGAGCUUCUGGCGAAGGCGUACUGCGGACUCAAGCCCUAUCGCCGUCUCAAGGUGCUGGUCAAUCCCGUCGGCGGACCGGGCAAGGCUCGCCAGCUGUUCCAGCAGAGGGUGCGCCCGAUACUCGAGGCUGCCGGGUGCAAGCUCGAUGUCCAGGUUACGGAGAGGGUGCAGCACGGCUUGCAGAUCGCAAAGGAGCUCAAGAUUGAGGACUAUGAUGCUAUUCUGCUCGUAUCGGGUGAUGGAUUGGCACACGAGAUCCUAAACGGCUUCGCUCAGCGACCUGACGCAGCCAAGGCGCUCAAGCUUCCCAUGGUGCCCAUCCCUGCCGGGUCAGGCAAUGGGCUCUGCGUCAAUCUCCUCGGUCCGGAGCAGGGUUUUAACCUUGCAUUGGCAUCACUUAACGCCAUCAAGGGUCAGCCGAUGCCGCUUGACAUCUGCACCGUCACGCAACCGAAGGGCAAGGCGAGGGCGAGGUCGUCGAGGUAUGGUGGUGGCACGGCAGAAGCAGUAGCAGCACCAUCAAGCAGUCAAGAUGACCCCGUUGCUCUCUCUGGCGCACCGGAGCUGCCCUACGACCAAUACUACUCCUUCCUCAGCCAGGGCAUUGGCCUCAUGGCAGACGUCGACUUGGGCACCGAGCAUCUGCGCGCUCUCGGCGACACGCGAUUCGUUUUGGGUUACCUAUCGGGCGUCAUCUCAAAUACGGAGUGCCCAGUCGAUAUCGAUGUCAAGCUGGGAGAGAGAGGAACGAAGAACAAAAAGGUGAUGCGGGAGAAGGUGAAGACUUUCAAUGAGACGGGACAGUGGGAGGAUGAAGAUGGCAGCGGAACUCACGAGAACGGAGAGGUUUCAGCCAGCACGCUGCGACACGGUGCUGUCACCGAAGCCUUAUACGUGGGCGAAGCGCAGUCAUCGCCCCCACUACUCAGCGGCGUCGAUCCAUCAUGGCCGCACACUAUCCUCUCCCCGACGCAGCCACCGUCACAGGAUCCUCCAUCAGGCAGCUGGUGUCGCCUCCCACACAGCAUCUCCACGCUAUACGCAGGCAAAAUUCCCUUUGUAGCGCGCGACCUCAUGCAAUUUCCCUAUGCUCUCCCUGGGGAUGGGACCGUCGACAUCGCACUGCAACUUCACGAAGGGGGGAGAGCUGGCAAGCUUCGAGCUAUCAAUGGUGCUGAGACUGGCUCUGUCGUGUACGACAGGGCCGUGCUGUACUUGAAGGUUGAGGCGUACCGUGUCACCCCCAGACUGGCGCAGGGAGACGCAAGACUGAAGAAGGGCGGACUAGUGAGCAUCGACGGGGAGCAUCGACCCUAUGCUCCCUUCCAAGUUGAGGUGGCAGGACUGCAGGCAAGGACAUUGAGUCUCUUUGGGCGCUUCAAUGUGAGGGAGGUGCCGCAGCCGGCGGCCCCGACUCAAUGACUGUGGUGGCACGGAGGUCGAGGAAGGGGUGAAGAAGAGAGCAAGGCCAAGCUGGCUCAAACGCAGCUGCCCGUCUUCCACAACCACCCAGCCUUGACGACGGCCUUCGUGUCGAUUCUACUCAUACCCAUGUUUGCCUAUUGGGCGCACGUCUACUGCUUCGCUGUUUUCUGUUAAUCUGUAUCAUUCUACUCUUCGUCCCUAUCAUUGAUCGAUCGAGUCAGUUUACACAGUGUCCU